AACCUGUCACUUUGAUAAAAACGCACUGGCCACUAAGAACAAAAUAAAUAUACAACGUACUGGCCACUAAAAAAUAAUUGACUCAUUUACAUAUCGCACUGGCCAAAAAGCGCGUUGUCAAAGUUUAAAAAGUUAAACCAUAGAGCCAUGAGAGUCUUGUUGAUUUUUUUGGUGGUGUUGGCGGCGGUGGCGGCGGCACCGCAGAAGUCUACGUUGCAAGUAGGACCAACAGACACCGGAAGCCAGCCCUUCAUCGAGGAGGUGGUUGUGGAGUCGGUGCUGAACGUGCGCGCCCCCGCCGGGCGACAAGCCAGGACCAACACGAAGACAGACUUGGCCCACGGCUCGAAGGUGGCCGAGAAAAACUAGGCUCCCUUACUGCUAUAAGUUAUAUGUAUUAUAUAUAAAGUUUGACAGACAACGGAAGCCAGCCGUUCAUGGAGGAGGUGCCGAAAGUGCGCGCCCCCGCCGGGAGCCAGAACCAACACCAAGAGCGACUUGGCCCACGGCUCUAAGGUGGUCGAAAAUUAGGCUUCCUGACUGCUUGUUAUGUUAGUUAUGUUAAGCACUGCAAAGUCUGUUUUAAGUAUCCUGUCUCAACCUCGAAAAAUAUUGUCCGAUGUUUCUUUUGUGAUAUACUCCGCCGUAGUCAUUAAGACACGAGUGUUUUUUCAAAGAACAUGUUUUUUUCUAGAUUUUAAAAUGGCAGAAUGUAGAAGCCGUUAGAUUGUUGUUGUGAUACUACUAACAAUUUAAAUUUUCAAAAACGCGUUCCGUCUAAUGCAAA